AUGCAAAUUGAUGCUAAUCAUAAAUAUUUUAAAAACAUUGCUCCACUGGUAUCUCGACUCAAUAAACAGGCGGCUGUUGAAGAUGAAUCAAUAUCGAAUGAAAACAAAGAAGAAGAAAGAGAAGAUAAUUUGAUUGAUGAUAUUCUCACUUCUGAAGAAGAAGAAGAAGAAGAAACUACUCAUCGCAAAACAAAAUUGGUACCACUUGAUGCAAUAAAUGAUACGCUGAUCAAGAAACUAUUCGUUCAUUAUUUUUUGAGUACUAAUAUGUACCCUCACACAGUGCAUAGCCCAUGUCGACCCUUGACCCGACACAACCAGACAGACAGGCACUGAACAUUAUGUAUAUAGAUAUAGACUUUAGAAAAUUCUAGAUGAUCCUAAAGUAUUCGAGAAGAGUCUAUACAUUUCUAGAGCUGUCUAGUAACAUAGUAACACUCUAUUUGACCAUUAACAGUUAACCCAUUGCCCUUCCUUAGAUACGUGGUGGUUCAUAGAAAGUU